AUGCCCAAAGUAAGUCGGCACACAGGGGGUGGUUCGAGGAAGGCAGCGGAGGAAGAUGAGCACGUGGUUGUCCGGGGCACGCAAGGCGGUUUGGUGAUCAGGUCAUCGCGGGUGUACGUUGGCGACACUGGCGGGAUUGCACCUUCACCGGUCUGGCACCACCCUACGGAGCACCAUGGGGACCCCCCGGAGCAGUUUGAUGAUGAAGGAGAUGUUGUCAUGGACCUCGAAGGAGUCUUGGGCCAGCGCGAGGAUGGAGGUAACGGGGGUGCGGGUGGUAAGCCGUUCCUUCGCGCCCUCAAACACUUCAUUAAGCUGCAUAAGCCUUGCAUGCUAAGCCUUUUCGAACCCAAAGUUUCGGGAACCCACGCAAAUGACAUAUGUACAAAGAUUGGGUUUUCGGACUGGAUCAGAGUUGAAGCAGUCGGUUUUAGUGGCGGCAUAUGGGUUUUUUGGAAAGAUCCAGUGCGGAUUUCAGUCCUCCGAACUCACCCCCAGUUUAUUCUUAUGCAGGUAGUUUCAGGUAGCUACCCGCCAUGGUACCUUGCCUCAGUCUACGGUAGCCCGGCACACCAUCUGCACCGACGGUUGUGGAAUGACCUUCGUCAAGCCGAAAACAGCAUCACGGGCCCCUGGAUUGUUGCGGGGGAUUUUAAUGCGGUUCUUAAUAGUGAAGAGACGAGUAAUUAUAGCUCUUUCUCUUCGCAUCGAAGUGCGGACUUCAGAAACUGGAUCCAGGACGAGGGGCUCAUAGACCUGGGCUUUUCAGGGCCUAAACUCACUUGGGUCAAGAACGAGGCGGCGGAACGCGUCAAAGGCGCUCGGCUGGACCAGGCCUUAUGUAACACCGCUUGGCGAAACAAUUUCCCAGGUGCGUGCAUUACUCACUUAGCGCGACUUGCUUCUGAUCACGCUCCUUUACUUUUGCAGGUUGGUCAGCAGCGACAGCGACUAUCCACGGUUCCUUUCUCCUUUCAGGCGGCCUGGCUUACCCGUACAGAUGUGCAUGAAGUAGUAGGGAGGGCAUGGAACUCAACCAGAGGCUUUGUGGACAACACACGAGUCCUGGCAGAAGAUCUGGCUAAAUGGAACAAGGAGUCAUUCGGGAAUGUGUUUAAACAGAAAAAAGUCCUGAUGUCCCGGAUCAGUGGGGCCCAGAAGGCCUUGGCAGCAAAUUACCACAAAGGCCUAGCAAAGCUGGAAUUAAAGCUCAGGGACGAACUUGAGCUCAUUCUCCAUCAGGAAGAGCUCAUUUGGUUCUAG